AUGGAUCGUCGAUAUGACCAUACUUUAGAGAUCUGUCGAAAACUUUCAAAAUGUCCAGGUGUUCAUUCUGUUAUUGCUAUGCAAGCAGCUGGAUUUGAAUAUACAAACUUUCGUGAUACAGUACGAUGCAAUGAAUGUCAAUUAGAAGUGUCCGAUUGGACGAAGGCCAUGAAGCCUUUUACUAUUCAUGGAGAACGCAGUCUAGAUUGUGCAUUCGUUCGUUCCAUACGGUCAUCCAAUAAAAGUGUCUCUUUAUCAUCAUGUGCGUCACCAAUUACUAGUCGAAAUGAAAUCAAUACAGAAUCAACUAGUGAGAGUACUUCCGAAACUGAAGUAAAACUUCAUCCACACAUGUUCGCAAAACCGGAGGUAGUCGAACAAAGUCGUCAUCGAACUUUUUCACAAGAGACUUUUUCAUGUCCAUUGUGCCUAGAGCGGAUGAUCAAAGCUGGUUUCUUUAGUUGUAAUAUUGAUGAUCGAGUUAUUUGUCUUGAUUGUAAUCUUAUUUGUCAUCAAUGGGUACCGCAUAGUGAUGAUCCAUGCGAAGUGCAUCAAACACUCUCGCCCGAAUGUCCUACAGUGAAAAACAUGUUAAUACACAGUCAAACUUCAUCUGCAUUAAUUGUUAAUGAUAAUUCAACGACCAAUCACACUGCAGGCGCAGUUAAUACACAUACAUUUCAUUCCAAUGAAAUUGUUCUAAUUGCACCUCCCCAUUCAGUCUAUGAAUAUAUUCCAAAACGUAUCGAAUCAUUUGCCACUUGGCCAAAUGGGCCUCUACCCACUAUUGAUGAAUUCGUUCGUGCAGGAUUCUUUUAUACUGGUAAUGGUUCAAUUGUUACUUGCUUUUACUGUCGUAGUUCUCUUCACAAUUGGAAUGCCAAUCAUGAUCCAAUGAUUGAACAUGUCAGAUGGUUUCCACAUUGUGCGUACGCUAAACAACUCUGUGGAGAUGCCCUUCAUCGAACAAUUCAAGAAUCGACACGAGAUGCACAAAGACUCACUCGAACCAAUAAUCCAACAAAAAGUAACACUGUUGAUGGUCAAAAAUUAUACAUAUUCGAUGAAGAAAAGCUAUCACACCUGGUAGCUGCUCGUUUGAAAUUGCCCAUGUCUCAAAAAUGGCUUGCUCAACACUUUCAAUUGUCAAUUAUCAAACUUUGUUGGGAGAAUCAACUGCGAUUAAAUCAUGUCGACUUUGAAUCUGAAGGUGAUCUAUUAGUGGCUUAUAUUGUUCUUCAAAACCAAAUGAUUCAUAUCGACAAAAGAAAAGAACAUAUUAUCAUUCCUGCUGAAAAAAUGCGCGAAAUUCAUGAAAGACAACAACAACAAUCAGGAACUCGUGCUAGUGUAACAUCGAUUUCGGCUCCAGUGACAGCAUUGCCAACAAAUGCGUUGAAUACUGCUGAAGUCGGAAUAAGUGUAAUACCAGAAUCAUCGAUGGAUCAACAGAUGUCAAUAGAAUUAACGCCCGUGACUCUAUGUGCAGUCUGCAGAAAGGAAGAAAGAUGUCUCGCUUUCAUUCCGUGUGGUCAUAUGGGUACUUGUCUUUCAUGUGCUCAUUUACUUAAGUCAUGCCAUAUAUGCGGACGAAUAAUUGAAGCGUUUGUUCGUAUAUAUAUUUGA